CCACUUCCCUACGGCAUUCGCACCACAAGAAUCCACAAACAUAUACUAGCAGCGAGGGAGAAAGCAGAUCAACCAGCCAGCCAGGGAGGAAGAGGCCAAGAGGGGGAGUGUCAUGGCUUGCACUGUCGCUUCCAGGAGGGCCGUCCCGCUUGUCCGCGCGCUGGAGAAGCUCCUUGCCGCGUCGUCCGCGCCCGGGGCUGGCUCCACCCUCAGGCCGGUGGCAGUCGCCGGCGGUCUCCGCGGGUACAACACCGGCGCUCAGCUCCGACGUUACGAGGGGCGCGAGUCGGAAGACGAUAGCGUCCGCGAGUACGAGAGCCGGCGCGGCAGCCGGGACUACGCCGCGCCCAGCCUGUUCUCAGGUAAUGUUUUCCGUGAUCCGUUCAGUGCGCCGCAGAGCCUCGGCCGCCUGCUGAGCCUGAUGGACGACUUCGCGGUGGCGGCGCCAGGCCGUGCCGGUGCGGUGCGCCGUGGCUGGAACGCGAAGGAGGACGAAGAGGCGCUGCACCUGAGGGUGGACAUGCCGGGCCUGGGCAAGGAGCACGUCAAGGUGUGGGCGGAGCAGAACAGCCUGGUGAUCAAGGGCGAGGGCGAGAAGGAGUCCGGCGAGGACGAGGACGUCCCGCCUCCGAGGUACAGCGGUCGCAUCGAGCUCGCGCCAGAGGUUUACAAGAUGGACAAGAUCAAGGCGGAGAUGAAGAACGGCGUGCUCAAGGUGGUCGUGCCCAAGGUGAAGGAGGAGCAGCGCAAGGACGUCUUCCAAGUCAACGUCGAGUAGAUUUAUUUCCAACGGCAGAGGGGCACGUACUGUACCAAACUAGAGUUUCUCUCUUUUCUUCUUCUUCUGCUGGAUGAGUCAGAUUUCUCUUACAGCAUCUUGUGAAAUAAGCAACGUACUCGGGCGAUUUUGAUUUGCUUUCCAUGUCAA